ACAUUGAGAAGCAUGCAGCAGAAACAACAUCACCUCUUAUUUCUUUAGACCGAAAAGAAGAAUAAAAAAGUAUUCAGUUUUCUCUGCAAACUUCAGAUUCCAAUUCGAAUUCAGAUUCGCGAAUUGAGAGAACAAGAAGAUGACGCGUUCCAAUGAGGAAACGAAGACGUACCAGGAAUGGUUCAAUUUGGCUGAUUCAGAUGGAGAUGGUCGUAUCAGCGGAAACGACGCUACGAAGUUCUUUGCUCUCUCCAAGUUGUCUCGCUCAGAACUCAAGCAACUCUGGUCUCUCGCCGAUACCAAACGACAAGGCUAUUUGGGAUUCUACGAGUUCGUUACUGCAAUGCAGCUGGUUUCGCUUGCACAAGCAGGGUACGAACUGAACUCAGAUAUACUUAAAACUGAGAUUGAUAAGGAAAAUGUUAAACCUCCUGUGAUGGAAGGACUUGAAGAUCUAGUCGCAAAAACAAAGAGAUUAAUAAUUAAUUCUCCUCCUGAAAUUAAUGGGCCCGCUCAGCCUCAGUCAAUUCCAAAAAACCCGUGGUUUACUUCAAAAUCAAAAUCUCUAAAGAGAUUACCUCUCAAUUCUGUAACAUCAAUAGUUGAUGGCUUGAAGAAAUUGUACGUUGAGAGAUUAAAGCCAUUAGAAGUCACUUAUCGGUAUAACGAUUUUGCAUCUCCAUUGUUGACCAACAGUGAUUUUGAUGCUAAACCCAUGGUCAUGCUUCUCGGUCAAUAUUCCACGGGAAAAACAACAUUUAUAAAGCAUUUGUUAAGAUGUGAUUAUCCAGGAGCACAUGUUGGACCAGAGCCCACAACUGAUAGAUUCGUUGUUGUCAUGUCCGGGCCUGAUGAGAGGAGUAUUCCUGGAAAUACCAUUGCUGUUGAUGCUGAUAUGCCUUUUGGUGGCCUAACGACAUUUGGAGGGUCAUUUUUAUCGAAGUUCCAAUGUUCUCAAAUGCCGCAUCCUCUACUGGAUGAAGUAACAUUUGUGGAUACUCCUGGUGUCCUAUCUGGAGAGAAGCAAAGGACUCAACGAAGCUAUGAUUUCACCGGUGUUGUUUCUUGGUUUGCUGAAAAAUGUGAUCUCAUUCUUCUCCUAUUUGAUCCUCAUAAACUUGAUAUUAGUGACGAGUUCAAACGUGUGAUUUCAUCUCUACGUGGUAAUGAAGACAAGAUCCGUGUGGUUUUAAAUAAGGCAGAUCAAGUUGAUACUCAACAACUUAUGAGAGUUUAUGGAGCGUUGAUGUGGUCAUUGGGGAAAGUGCUAAACACUCCUGAAGUUUCACGUGUAUAUAUUGGCUCGUUUAAUGAUAAGCCUAUCGAUGAAAGCUUUGCUGGUCCUUUAGGGAGGGAUCUCUUUGAGAAGGAACAAAAUGAUUUGCUUGCAGAUUUGGUAGAUAUUCCAAAGAAGGCUUGCGAUCGCAAGAUAAAUGAAUUUGUCAAACGUGCUAGAUCUGCUAAAAUUCAUGCAUACAUAAUUAGUCAUCUCAAGAAGGAGAUGCCUGCAAUCAUGGGCAAAGCCAAGGCUCAACAAAGGCUCAUUGAUAAACUUGAUGAGGAAUUUGCAAAGGUUCAACGAGAGUAUCAUCUACCUUCUGGAGAUUUUCCUAACGCUGAUCACUUCAGAGAAGUUUUAAGUAGUUAUAACAUUGAUAAAUUUGAAAAACUGAAGUCUAGAAUGAUUCAAGCUGUAGAUGAUAUGCUUGGAUAUGAAAUUCCAGAGCUUUUAAAAAAAUUCAGAAAUCCUUAUGAUUAAUUAUUUUCUUUUCUUUAAAAGCUCUGAAUUUAGAUAAACAAGCACAUUAUUUUAGGCUUUCGUCUUCAAGAAUCCCUAAUGUUUGGGGAUUUAUUAAUUGCCAUUGUCAUAUAUGCUUCUUCUUGAGCGUGAGAUUCUAAUGUUUU